UUCGACUUGUUAAUUGUUAAUGACAAUAAGUGAAUAAAUGAACAAUCCUAAUACUCAUCUAUAUGGUUAGAAAGGGCUUGAAAAGAUCUUUUAAAUGGUCGGUUCAAAAUCUUGAUACGACUUUUAUUCACUGAGUUAUGACGUUUUGAAGUUUACUCAUUUUUUACUGAGGUAUGGCAAAAGUGAUUGAACGGCAGUGUAUAAGCAAAGAUUUAUAAUAAUUGCAUUAGACUAUGAAGUACUUUCAUUUCUUUUAUUUCAUUACUUAAAACUACCAGUGGUCGCACUUUAUAUCAGUUAAUAAAAUCGAUCGAUUUAUUUAAAAAUUUAUUUAUCGUCGAAAAACUUUAGGCGUCAAACCUUACACUAUACGCUUGUUUUGCUUCUUAAUAAUUUGUAGCUCUGUUACGAUCUAUGUUUUCACAGGCUUCGCAUCUUUAAGCUUUAUGAUAUUUUUUUAAGAUACUUAUAGUUUAAGAUACGUCUGAGAUUUUCAUAUUUUUUUACCUGAUUUUCUCUUGGGAACAAAAAAAACGAAAGACAGAAUUUGGUCCUUAGGUCUGUUAAUUAUUGAAGUUUUUUUGUGGCUCUUAGACUUGAUGGCUUAUUGCAAAAAUGUAGUAUUUAUUACUUAAUAUGCUAGGAAUGUGGGAAGUUUCUGAUGAUAAAUAUGGGGAAAACAUUCAAUUUUAUUUUGAUGUAUAAGUUUCUCUUUAGAAUAGCAGGCUCUAGAAGUGUUCAAACCUUUUCAGAAUACUUAUUUUGAAAGAUUAAACUAUUUGUAGUAGAAUAAAAUUCUCAUGAACUUUUUCUUAUAGCUACUAAGAGCUAAGAUAGAAAUUUUUGAAAUGUUAGCAACCAAUAAUUAUAAAAAAUACCAUCUACAAGCCUAAAAAUGGCGAUUACUGGCCUUAGAAAUUCUUAUAACAUUUAUGGACAUGUAUAUAUUAGAUACUCUGAUAAACCAACUGAGAUUUGUGUAUUGUCAUUCGUUCAUUGACAUUUAAAAAUAAUCACUCGUGUAGGACAUACAACUCCCUGUCUAUAUUGAAUACUUGUUCUUACUGCAUAAUUCAGUACUUCGAUAGAUAUACAAGGUUGAUACUUCUGUUUUGAUGAAUAAUCUAUUAAAUAUUGACGAAGACUGGUAUUUUACCAUGCAAUCGUAUUAUUUGUCGAUAUAUUGUGUUACUUUUAUUCGAUGUAAACCUUAUAUUCUUACAUAAAAUUGUAUCACAGAUACACUCAAUUUGAUCGUUUAUUAAAAAUAUCUAUUAUUGAUUCAAUCCAUAACUAUAUGCAUUAAACAAAUUUCCCUGAAUCACUUAUUUUUAUUUUAAUAGUCAUUCAACUCUCAGAAUAUCGAAUACCUAUUCUCUUAAGCAAUAUUAAAUACUAAAAAAUGGAUGGAAGUUACGACGAAAAUAUGUUUGUGAUCGUCUAUGAUUUUUAAGUAACUGAUUUGAGACUGUGUCUGUUCUUGAAUUAUUGUUUCACGCUCAACUCUGAUCUCGAUAACACGUUACGACUCGUUGAUAAUAUGGUUUUUAGGAUUUUGACUGUUUUUGUGAUUGAAGUAUCGUCGAUUAAUUUUACCAUUGGGAUUUUUUUACUGAAAUGAUAAAAAUAGGAUAAUUAUUAUGCGUAGAGCUUUAAAAUUAAUAAUAAAUCACUUUAAACUUAUGUUUAGUAGGCUCACGAACCUUUUCUACUUAGGGAUACGUAAACAAAACGUUUAAAAAUUCACUUUUUGUACAUCAAUUGGUUUUCAAAAUAUUCUUAGCGAUCAUAAACAUCGAGGAGUUUGCUCUACGCUUGGUCCUCUUAUUGAUUGGUUUGUCUGCGACAGUAGAGAAUAAGUUAACGUUAAUCGCAUGUAUGUUGAAUAAUAUUUUUGCUAUAAUAUUUUUGUUCGAAAUUAUUUACGAACGUGAUAUUACGAGUGUAAUAAUCGAUAAGAGAAAACAAAACAAAUCGUUUGUAUGAUUGCGAAUUCAUAAAUUUGUCGAUGGGAAAUUUAGUAACACGCGACAUCGAAAUUUCAUAAGUCUUUGAUAAAGUGGACUUGUAUCUCUAGAUAUGACAGAAAAAUUGUUGCGCCUUUUUUCAAAAAACAAAUGUUCAGAUUAAAAGAUAAAAAUUUCAUAGUUAAAACAAGAAAAUUCAUCAACUAAAAUCAUUUUACCUGUUUUAAGUUAUACGAAAUGAUGUAAAAAGCAAAAGCUUGGGUUUAAUAGUGCUUAAAAACGUAUGGUUAUAAAAUGAAGUUAUUAUUUUUCCAUUUGCUUUUAUUAUUUGAAAAUAUACAGGCAGACAAUAUGACGGAUUUGAGUACUAACUUCAUUUUUGAUUACUUUAAUUAUAAAAAUGCACCAAGCAUUAUCGGGUAUUCUUGCAGUUCUACAGAAAGUAAUUAUUUGUUUAAAACAUUAUGAGUUUUUAAUCGUGCAUUAUUUUCACGGCGAUAUUUUGUUUGUGUAGAUAAUAUGCAUUUGAUCAAAACUCUGAAUCAACGUGGUAUUUCCAUUUCAUUAAUGAGUACCGAUAGUUUGCGCGAAUUACGUCGAUCGGCUUCGACUAAAAAUUGGAAACUAGGCGUUUUCUUAGACCUAAGGUGUUUAGAGGAAUCAACCAUUUUUGAAAUAUUUUCAGAAGCAGCAGUAAAUCGUAUGUACGGGGACCUACAUUACUGGCUUAUAAUAACCCAAAGUUUAGAGGACGCAACGGAGUGGGUCGAUAAUUAUUCACUAAGCAUUAGUACGGAUCUCGUUAUUGCUGUCCCUUUGAAUGACAAUUCAGUGAGUACGAUAAAUUCAAUAGCUAAAAAUAUGAAUAAUAAUAUAUUUAAAGCAGGAGGAAUUUAUACUGUAUGACGUUUAUAACCUCUGGAAAGAAAGAGGCGCAAAUGUGAGUGUACAUUUCUUCGGAUUUUGGAGCAAGAAUGGACAAAUCAAAAUUUUUUCACAGAGCAAUAACAUUUUGAAACGAGCUAAUUACCAGAAGUUAACCUUGAAAAUAUCAUUUUAUUCGGUAUGAACUCAAAUAUUUUGUACAAACUACAACAGUAACUAAUUUUUGCUUUUUCAGAGCAAAUAUAAACCUCCGAAUAUGACGCUUGAAGAUUAUUUACAGGAUUACUCUAGUACUCCUAAAGACGGACUGUCGAAAUUUGGUUUUAAUUUAAUAAGGCAUCUUACCGAUCUAUACAAUUUCUCGUAAAUUUAAAUUUUUCUAUGUAAGUAUUUGAGUGCAUCGUUUUAUCUAUUCGAUUAUAUUGUAGAUUAGUUAGUGGAGAUUCAGGUAAAUGGAAAGUCGGAGAUAAGUACGGGCCCAUCGUACGAGCGUUAAGUAAAAACGAAAUAGAUCUUACUGGGACACCGACAACAGUAAAUCGUAAAAGGACGUAUUUAGCGAAAUACAUAUUUUCAGCUUGGCCAUUCAGGUAGUUAGAUUAAAUUCUCUUCAUGGUAACUUAUGUCAAUAUUUUUUAAAUAAUUCUUAUUUUAGAACCUGUUUUAUUUUUCGUAACCCUCAACGUAAAAACAUAGCCAUUAACGAAGUCCUCGGACCUCUAGCCAUUGAUACUUGGUACCUAAGUCUAGUAAUUUUUGUAUUAAGCGCCUGGGUUUUAGCAACCGUUUUUAAAUACGAAAACAUAAAUAGUACGAUUAUGAGAUAUUCAGAGUCAUUUGUUAUUAUAGUAGGUGCUCUGUGCCAGCAAUGUAAGCAGACAGGUAAAUUAUUUUCUAGUUUUAAUUUUGUUAAAUGUAUUUUCAUUGUCACAGGUACGGAAGUUCCAAUGAAACAUAUAUCCACGCGAAUCGCCUUUUUUCACAUCAUGAUAUUUAGCUAUCUUUUUUAUAAUUACUAUUCAGCGAGCAUAGUUUCUGCGCGUUUGAAUGAGCCCGUUUUUAAAAUUAACGAUUCAUUGAACGAAAUGUCGAAGUUAAAUAUGAAAUUGGCUUCUGAGUGGAUGGUUUAUUUCGAGCUUUUUAUCAAAAAAGUUGAUUGGGAUAUUCAAACGUUUUACAACAAAACUUGGUCAGCCAUCCCGGAAGCUGAGCAGUUUAUGUUACCAGAAAAAGCAAUGCAUUUCGUACAACGUGGCGGCUUUGCAUACCACGCUCAUCCAGACGUAAGCUAUCCGUUCAUCAAUCGAUUCUUCAGCAAUAAGCAAAUUUGUGAACUAAAGGAAGUUCAUCUUGCGCAACCCACAUCUUCAACCUUUGCCGUUAGCCGUAAUAGCACACUAACAGAAAUUUUAAAGAUUGGAUUUUUCAGAUUAUCUGAGGUGGGUCUGCGAAAACGGCAACUUUUAAGAUGGACGUCUGUGCGGCCUCGUUGCCAAAAGUCAAUUUUAAAUGCGUCUAGUAUAGAUAUUUAUGAGUUUGCUCCUCACUUACUCAUUUUGUUAUUAGGUAUGGCAUUUGCGUUUGGUAUAUUAAUAUUUGAAAUUGUUUUAUACGAUUUUAAAAUUGGUCGAUAAUGAGGAAUUAAUCCAUCAUAUAUUACCUAUUUUACUGUUAAAUAUUUAUUUAUAAUAAUAAUAAAAGUAUGAAUCAACUUUCA